GCGGGGGGGGGGCGCUGCCCGCGGCCAUGCCCGUGCUCGCCCGCGGUGCUGAGUCAGAGCCCGGCCUCCCGAAACGCCCCGGGGAUGAGCGGCCGGGAGGGGCCAUGGAGGAGCUGGAGCACACCUGCCCCCAGCCGCGCCUGGGUGUCCGUAGACGCGAGGAUUUCUCUGUCAAAAGCCGAGGUGUAGCAGCCCGUCUGAACACAUCACCCCGCGCAGGCUGACGCUUUAAAAGACCUGAAAGGAAGAAGUGACAACAUGAUGCCAGUAUUUAUGACUCUGACGGCACCUGCCCCAUUUGCAGAUGAAACGAGCUGUCAGUGCCGAGCACCCCACGAGAAGCUAACCAUUGCACAAGCCCGCCUGGGAACGCCAGUUGACAGACCUGUCAGAGUGUAUGCAGAUGGGAUAUUUGACCUCUUCCACUCUGGCCAUGCUAGAGCUCUUAUGCAAGCCAAAACUCUAUUCCCAAAUAGCUACUUAUUAGUAGGAGUUUGCAGUGAUGAUUUAACUCAUAAGUUCAAAGGCUUCACUGUGAUGAAUGAAACUGAGAGAUACGAAGCCCUCAGGCACUGUCGCUAUGUGGAUGAGGUCAUCAGAGAUGCACCCUGGACGCUGACACCGGAGUUUCUUGAAAAACAUAAGAUUGACUUUGUAGCCCACGAUGACAUCCCGUACUCCUCCGCUGGCUCAGAUGAUGUAUACAAGCACAUAAAGGAGGCAGGGAUGUUCGUACCGACGCAGAGAACUGAGGGCAUCUCCACGUCAGAUAUCAUCACAAGGAUCGUCCGGGACUACGACGUCUAUGCCCGACGCAACCUCCAACGGGGAUACACCGCCAAAGAGCUGAACGUUAGUUUUAUAAACGAAAAGAAAUACCGCUUUCAAAACCAAGUGGACAAAAUGAAAGAAAAAGUAAAGAACGUGGAAGAAAAAUCAAAAGAAUUUGUUAACAAGGUGGAAGAGAAGAGCCAUGACCUCAUUCAGAAAUGGGAAGAAAAGUCCAGGGAAUUUAUCGGCAACUUUUUAGAGCUGUUUGGACCUGAUGGAGCUUUGAAGCAGAUGUUCCAGGAGCGGAGCGGCCGAAUGCUCCAGGCUUUCUCUCCGAGGCAGAGCCCAAGCAGCAGCCCCACGCGAGGCCGCUCUCCGUCCCGUUCGCCGUCCCCACCCUGGGUCUUCAAUAAAGCCUCCCCUCCCUCUUCUCCUAAAGCUGCCUCCGCCUCCCUCAGCAGCAUGAGCGAGGGGGACGAGGACGAGAAGUAAAAUAAAGAUAUCUAUUUUUAUAACCAUGAGACAGAAGAACAAGCUAUGAACUCGACCGCCGGAUGGGGAGAAGCGCGAGGACCACCUGGGGUCCCUCUGACAGCAGGGAACGCGCCCUGGGAGACGACGAAAACGGACUGGAGCACAGCAAGGGAGAUCUCAGGAAGAGCUGAACCCGUCCCUGCUCCCUCGCCGUGCCGGGAGGCCCCACCAGCGGUGGCCGGGCCAGCGGGACCUGCGCUGAGCCCGCAGGCAGCACGGGCAAAGCCACGGCCGCGGCGGCUGCGUCGGACCCUGCUGACCCUGAGCUCUUCCAGCACGGGAAGGAAGGGCGCUGCUGCAGCAAAACAGGAAAGGAAAUCUCACCUCGUUUGUUUUGAAUGAGGUCUGCCCAGAGGGUGCCAGCAGAGCGGAGAGCUGCCCGGUGGGGUUUGCGGAGGGUCGCUCGAUGCGUUCAGGCUGCGCAGUGUUGCUUGCUGACCAAGCCUCUGUCCAGGGCGCACGCGGAGAUGCAGGCUGCACCGACCCCUUUGCUUUCUCGGUGUUCCCCACGUUCCUAGUGCCUGAGCAGCUGCCUGACCACCUCUGUUCCGCUCCCCGUUUUGCACUUCGGAGGCAAGUAAGUAAACGAAGCCAGUCCUGACUGGGACGUGUUGCUGUGGGCAGAAGCUGCUUUGAGGGCGUUGAUGGGUUUUAGUGGUGAAUUCCAGAAGUGCACGUGGGAUCCCGCAGCCUAAGAACAAACCUCUCCCCCAGGAACCCUGCUGCUCCCAGACAGGCAUGGCCAAGCGACGAGCCCAGCAGUGCUACUGCCCUCACAUGCUCCUAAUCCAAUUAGGUUUAAAUUUCUCGUGAAACCCUGAACAAGAUGUGCUCAUAGACACGCAGCCCCUGCGUGGGGUCCCGAGGCCAUUCCUCUAUCCCAACAGGGAGAAGAGGCUGGAAAACACAAUGGAAACCUUUUAGACGGGAGCACAGCCUGCAGCAGCCUCCCUUCCCGAGGGACGCACUGGGUAGCUGGGUACCUUCCCUCCCUCCCAAACUCUCCAGGCAAGUAAAUCGCAGCCCCUGGCACCGAGUUAGCCCCGCGCUUUGUUCACUCCCCACAGCUUCCCCCCGCCCCAUGGGAUAACGGGGUAACCGAUUUGCCUUCGGGCACACUUUGCCAGGCCCAGCUCAGCCUCCCGCCAGGCCGAGCAGGAUCUCAUGGCACUCUCUGUCUGCUGGAGCCCAGCGAGCUCCCCGCAGGGCUGCGCAGAGGCCAUCGGGAGCAGGGUGGCUGCUGCUCCCCCGGGGCAGUGCGAGGAGCGCCGCGGCUCACCCAGCUGCUGCGCCUGACGGGGCGAUGCGGUGCAGACCUUCCUCAGCCUCAGGCAACACCGUAACUCCGCACCCGGGAUGUGCUCCUUGGUCCCUCCCGUCCUUGGCAAGUCGAAGUCUUCCCAUCGCAACCCGCUGCCGCGCCGUGGAGCCUGCCUGCCCCCUCCUACUGGUGCUGUUUACACGAGGAGCCAUGCCCGAAGGCGGUGGAGGUGGGCAGGGUCUCCUUGUUCUCCAGCCCCACCGCUUGUCCCAGCUCCAUCGCGCGUCCUGCCCAGCAGCCCGAGCAGAAGGCAGCGCCCACGGCUUGUACAUAGGACCCGGAGAAAAACUCGGCGGCCCGACCUCUUCGUAGCGGGAGCUGUUUCUCAGCCACAGGUGGCCACCCCGUGACAAAGCCAUAUCCUGUACCAGGCGUCCUCCUCACAGGUAGGACAGCGGAGCUGAAGCCUUUCCCCCGCUGGUACAGGCACCGACACCCACACGCUUUCUCCAGCAAACCAGAACCUCAUUGUCUUUGGACACGCGGAGGGCAAUUUUGCACUUCUGAGUCAUGGUUGGGUUUUAUUUUUCAUGAGCGUUGCUUUGAUUCAGUCCUAUUUAUCAGCCAAGCUCCACAUGAAAAAUAAACAGCGUACAACAGA